CGGGUCUCCGGCCUCGAGGGCUCGGGCUCGCUGCGGCGGCGGUGGCCGCGAGGAGAGGCGGCCGGGGCGGGGGGAGAGGAGGGCCCGGGCCCGCGCUCCCCCAGCCCCGCAGGAGCAGGCAGGCGGCGGCUGCGGACCCAGAGGCUCGCCUGGACGGCCAGACACCUCUGCCUUCCGCUCCUGGGAUCAUGACCCAGGCGGGGGUCGCCGCCACCGCGGCCGGGAGCGCGUCGCCGGCGGUAAGAAGAAAAUAUAACCUAUAGAGACCAUCUUCUGGCAGAGGAUGAUAAAUUUGAAUCAGAAAGAGGAGGUAUUGGAAGCCAGGAAUCCAAAGUGAAGAAACUCUGCAAACUCCUUGGGUUCCUAUCACUGUCACCAUGCCAGAAAUGACAGAGCAUGAGACACCUACAAAAAAGCAACACAGAAAGAAGAACCGGGAGACACACAAUGCAGUGGAGAGGCACAGAAAGAAGAAAAUCAAUGCUGGAAUAAACAGAAUAGGAGAACUGAUCCCAUGCUCUCCUGCCCUGAAACAGAGCAAGAACAUGAUCCUGGACCAAGCCUUUAAGUAUAUAACAGAACUGAAGCGGCAAAACGAUGAACUCCUGCUUAACGGCGGGAACAGUGAACAAGCUGAAGAAAUUAAAAAGCUACGAAAACAACUGGAAGAAAUCCAAAAAGAAAAUGGCCGAUAUAUUGAAUUAUUGAAAGCAAAUGACAUAUGCUUAUAUGAUGACCCCACAAUCCACUGGAAAGGAAAUCUGAAAAACUCGAAGGUGUCUGUUGUUAUUCCAAGUGAACAGGUUCAAAAAAACAUCAUUGUUUAUUCCAAUGGGAGCCAGCCUGGGGGAAACAGCCAGGGGACAGCUGUUCAGGGAAUAACCUUUAAUGUUGCUCACAGCUUGCAAAAGCAGACCGCCAAUGUGGUGCCAGUACAGAGGACCUGCAAGCUUGUGACUCCUGUGUCUAUUUCUGGAGUUUACCCUUCUGAAAACAAGCCAUGGCAUCAGGCUACAGUGUCUGCACUGCCUGCCAACCAGCCUGUUCCUCUUUGUCUUCCCACUGCCAUUUCUGCUCAAAACAUUCUUGAACUUUCUACUUCCGAUAGCCAAUCAAGUGUGCUUGGUGCCACUGGUGGCUCACUGAUCACCGUCUCAGUUGGCCCUGAACCUCAGGAACAUCGUUCCUUAAACACAUGCCUAAAUGAUCAAAAUGCUUCAGAAAAUAACAAUGGGCAGGAAAGCCCCGAAUCAUCUAAGAAAGCAAUUGCGUGUGUCACAGGCACCUCCUCCAGCCACUCAGCAGCUGCCACUGAGGUGUAUCAUGAAACCAAGUCUGGCCGAAGCGUGCAGGACUUCAGUAGCGAUUCUCAGAGCACCCCUGUGUCAGCUACCACCACGGCGUGCUCCCAGCCUCCUAAGUCUACGGGUGAUUCUUCUCCAGCGAGUGUUAGCAAGACAGCCGACUCGGUAAACACCACGACCGCAGUGGCACCAGCUCACGCUGCAGUAGCAAAGGCCGCCCUCCCGGUGAGCAGUCUGUCUGCAAAUCCUUUGGACAGUGGUUGGACUCUUUCUUGUUCUCUGCCUUCUUCAACUGUUAGUGCUUCAGAUUUGAAAAACAUCAACAGCCUUACCCGAAUUUCUUCAGCUGGAAACACACAGACAACAUGGACUACACUGCAUCUUGCUGGAAACACAAUUCAGCCUUUAAGCCAGACACCUUCUUCUGCUGUGACUCCAGUAUUAAAUGAGGCUGGCACCAGCCCUACCCCAGGCAAACACAAGCAUGUGGCUACAGGCAACACCUUAAAUAAUUCCCUUCCACCAGAUGGGCAGCCAGUUGAGCAAGUAGUGGUAACUUUGCCUUCGUGUCCACCCUUCCCUAUGCAGCCACUAAUUGCCCAGCCACAAGUUAAAUCUCAGCCUCCAAAAAAUAUUCUUCCCUUGAAUUCAGCAAUGCAAGUGAUUCAGAUGGCUCAGCCAGUUGGGUCAGCUGUCACUGCAGCUCCAGCCAACCAAAAUGUUAUCAUUUUUCAGCCACCCAGCACGACCCCAUGCCCGGCAGUGAUGAGGGCAGAGGUUCCCAACCAAACAGUAGGUCAACAAAUUGUCAUCAUACAGGCAGCUAAUCAGAACCCAUUGCCACUCCUCUCUGCUCCCCAUCCUGGUCCUGUUCGGCUUCCUGUCAAUGGCGCCAGUGCUAUAAUAGGGUCCCACAAUUCAGUACAAACUGUGCCAGCCCCACAGACUUUUGGAGGAAAGCAUCUUGUCCACAUACUACCAAGACCUUCAUCUCUUUCCACGUCUAAUUCAACACAAACUUUUUCUGUUACCAUGUCAAACCAACAACAGCCUCAAACCAUUUCUUUAAAUGGACAGCUCUUUGCUUUGCAGCCUGUGAUGUCUUCAUCAGGAACUACAAAUCAAACCCCUAUGCAAAUUAUCCAACCCACCACCAGCGAAGAUCCAAAUACCAAUGUUGCCCUGAACACAUUUGGGGCUUUGGCCAGCCUCAAUCAAAGCAUAUCACAGAUGGCUGGGCAGAGCUGUGUACAAUUGUCUAUUAGUCAGUCUGCUAAUCCUCAGACUUCUGCAAACAGUCAAACCAGCCCAGCUAACUGUGUUUCACUAACAACAGCUGUACCACCUACCGUGACAACAGAGAAUUCAGCCAUACUACCCAGUACUUAUAAUCUUGCAACAGCUUCCUCUACAAACACUGUCACUUGUUUGCCCCCUACCAUGAAAUCCAAAAGACUGAACAAGAAGCCAGGUGCCAAGAAACACUUAGCAGCUAAUAAGCCAGCAUGUCCCAUGAACUCAGUCAAAGAUACAGGCAAGUUAGACAGCCCCAGAACAGACAGCUCAUCAGAGCCGUCAUGUAGUGAAGGACUGCUGGCCAGCCUUCCUGCUAGCCUACCAUCUGUUGCUGUGUCCCAGGCAAAGAAUGUUAGUAUUUCUGCUUCACAUUCUUUGGACAUUCUGAAUUCUGUAUCAGUAAUCCCUGAGUCUGUAUCCAAAACUAAGUCAGCAGAAGACUAUAGCUCAUCCUCCCAAGAAUCUGAAACAAAUGAACAAUUUGCAGUGGCCCCAGCAAAAUCCAAAGAUUCUACUCCCAUUUUGCAAGAGCCUUCUCAGGGUACACCGCCAACUACUGUAGCAUUGUCCAAUGUUACGAAAGCUUGUACUUCAACCAACGUGUUGAUUCCAUCUUCUGAGUCCCAGAUUUUGGUUUCUCAGGUUUCUGGUGUGUCAUCCACUACAAACACUUCAAGCACUGACUGUAUUUCCGAGAUAGAAAUGGUGGCAGAACCUUGCCCAGCUCAGCAGGAUUCUUUAGACACCAUGCAAGCAUCAGGGCCUUUAAAGGGGCAAGGUCUAACUAUGUUGCUGUCUGAAAUUACUAAAGAAAAAGAUCUUCAGAAAUCAUCUAUUACAGUGCAGAUGGAUCAUCCUGACUUUUCUCCAGAAAAUUCCAAGAUAGAUGAUUCUAACGUCGAUUUGCAUCCCAAGCAGGAACUAUUGCUAAUGAACAGUGACAGAGAUCCACCACAGCACCACUCCUGCCUCCCUGAUCAAGAGGUUCUUAACAGUUCUCUGCUCACCAGCAGGCAGGCCGACUCUCCUAUGUCAACCAGCUCUGGCAGCAGUCGUAGUUUCUCGGUUGCAUCAAUGCUUCCUGAAACAGCCCGAGAAGAUGUGACCAGCAGUACAACGGCUAACACAUGUGACAGUUGUUCCUUCACCGAGCAAACUGAUAUUGUGGCCCUUGCAGCAAGAGCGAUUUUGGACCAGGAGAACAUUGAGAAGGGAAGGGUUGGCGUGGAGACUGAUAUGAGGGAAGUCACUUCAAAACCUUCUGAAACCUCUUUAGAGGGAGAGCAGCCUUUUAAACCACAGAUCCACAAGGAGACUUGCAUAGGACAGGCAGAUGCAACACCAAAUGAAUUUACCUCUCAGGAUGCAGUGGAAGUAACAGUCGAUAGGCCUCUCGAAAAGCCAAGCUGUUCUCUGGGAAUUAAAACAUCGAAUGCCUCCUUACAGGUGCCAGCGCCCCAGCCACCGAGUCUCACCAGUUUAAGUGUGAAUAAUCUCACCCAUCAGAACAGCAUCAGCCGCCCUCUGGUCAGCUGCACAGGUCUGUCGCAGACCUCAGAGCAAACAUCUGUCCCUGUGACGGUUAAUAUGACUGUGUCAUCCAGUUCUUAUGGCAGCCAGCCUCCUGUGCCACCUCUGAUGACAGAAUACUCCCAGGAACAGCUGAAUAGCAUGACUAGCGCCAUACCAAAUCCACAGAUUCAAGAACCCCUUUCAAAGCCUACCCAUGAAAGCCGUAAAGACCCUGCAAAGCGCACUGUACAAGAUGAUCUCUUACUGUCUUCAGCCAAACGCCAAAAGCAUUGUCAGCCAGCCCCUCUCAGGCUUGAAAGUAUGCCCCUGAUGAGCCGGACUCCAGACAGCAUUCCUGAUCAAACUCAGAUGAUGGCAAGUCAGAUCCCCCCAAACUCUUCCAACUCAGUUGCACCUGUCAGCAACUCAGCACAUGGAGAUGGCCUCACACGAUUAUUCCCACCUGGAAACAACUUUGUGGCUCCUGCAUUAAGGCAGACAGAUGUUCAGUGCAGUUCUCAGCCUUCAGUGGCUGAGCAGCAGCAGCAAACCCAGGCAAGUCAACAUCUGCAGGUCCUGCAGCAGCAUGUACCAGCUCAAGGCGUGUCUCACCUUCACACCAACCAUCUGUACAUCAAGCAGCAGCAGCAGCAGCAGCAGCAAGCAGGGCAGUUAAGAGAAAGGCAUCACUUGUAUCAGCUGCAACAUCACGUGCCUCACGCAGACAGUGCUGUCCACUCCCAGCCCCAUAUUGUGCACCAACAGAGAACGCUACAGCAGGAAGUUCAGAUACAGAAGAAAAGAAAUCUCGUUCAGGGCACUCCUACCUCUCAGCUGUCCUUACAACCAAAGCACCAUGGGACUGACCAGUCCAGACCCAAGAGUAGCCAGCCACAUCCUCACCAUCAGCAGAUGCAGCAACAGCUGCAGCAACACUUUGCAAGUUCCCAGCCGGAGAAGACCUGUGAAAACCCUUCAACUAGCCGGGGCCAUCAUAGCCAUCCCCAGAGCCAUCUCAGUCAAGAUAUUCUACACCAGCAACAGGAUGUUGGAAGCAGACAGCAAGGUUCAGGAGUUUCUUCUGACCACGUAUCUGGCCACAAUCCAAUGCAGAGGCUUUUACCCUCACGAGGCUUGGAGCAGCAAAUGGUGUCCCAGCCAAGUAUUGUGACUAGGUCUUCAGACAUGACCUGUGCUCCACACAGGCCGGAGAGAAACCGAGUGUCAAGUUACUCUGCCGAGGCGCUCAUUGGAAAGCCGUCUUCAACUCCAGAACAGAGAAUGGGCAUAUCGAUUCAGGGUUCCAGGGUCUCAGAUCAGCUCGAAAUGAGAAGCUAUCUUGAUGUUCCUAGAAAUAAGAGCUUGGCGCUUCAUAAUAUGCAGGGUCGCAUGGACCAUACCGUCACCUCGGAUAUCCGCCUCUCUGACUGUCAGACAUUCAAACCAGGUGGAGCCAGCCAACAGCCCCAGAGUAAUUUUGAAGUACAAUCUUCAAGAAACAAUGAAAUAGGUAACCCUGUGCCAUCACUGAGAAGUAUGCAGUCCCAGGCUUUUCGAAUUAGUCAGAACACUGGCCCACCACCAAUCGACCGACAAAAGAGAUUAUCUUAUCCACCAGUUCAGAGCAUCCCAGCAGGAAAUGCUGUCCCACCAAGGGACAAUGAGAAUACAUGUCACCAGAGUUUCAUGCAGAGUUUGCUUGCUCCUCACCUUGGUGAUCAGGUCAUCGGGAGUCAAAGGUCACUCUCAGAACAUCCGAGGAAUACACAGUGUGGUCCAUCUUCAACAAUUGAAUAUAAUUGUCCCCCAGCUCGAGAAAGUGUUCAUAUUAGGAGAGAGAGUGAAAGUCAGAAUAGGGAGAGUUGUGACAUGUCUUUAGGUGCAAUUAACCCCAGAAACAGCAGUUUGAAUAUUCCCUUUUCAAGUUCCUCUUCCUCAGGGGAUAUUCAAGGUCGAAACACAAGUCCCAAUGUUUCUGUACAGAAGUCCAAUCCCAUGAGGAUUACUGACAGUCAUGGGACCAAGGGCCACAUGAACCCUCCUGUCACAUCCAACAUGCAUGGGGUUGUGAGGCCAACUUUGCCACAUCCGCCUGUGUCUCACGGGAAUGCUGACCAGGGGCCCCCUGUUCGACAGGCUAACUCUUCAGUUGCCCAGAGAUCAAGACACCCCCUGCAGGACAGCAGUGGUUCCAAAAUCCGACAACCUGAAAGGAAUCGUUCUGGAAAUCAAAGGCACAGUAAUGUCUUUGAUCCUAGUCUUCCCCAUCUUCCUCUCUCUACUAGCGGCAGUAUGAUUCUCGGACGACAACAGCCUGCUGCAGACAAGAGAGGCAGUAUUGUUCGCUUCAUGCCUGACAGUCCACAAGUACCUAAUGAUAAUUCAGGUCCUGACCAGCAUACACUGUCACAAAAUUUUGGUUUUCCUUUUAUUCCUGAGGGUGGCAUGAACCCACCAAUAAAUGCUAAUACUUCCUUUAUUCCGCAGGUUACUCAGCCCAGCGCCACACGAACGCCAGCUCUCAUCCCAGUAGACCCCCAAAACACUCUCCCCUCCUUCUAUCCCCCAUACUCUCCUGCUCAUCCUACCCUGUCCAAUGACAUUUCAAUCCCGUAUUUUUCUAAUCAGAUGUUCUCCAAUCCUAGCACAGAGAAAGUGAACAGUGGAAGUUUAAACAACCGAUUUGGAUCAAUUUUGUCUCCUCCCAGGCCUGUUGGCUUUGCUCAGCCGAGUUUUCCUCUUCUCCCGGAGAUGCCGCCAAUGCACAUGGCCAACUCUCACCUAUCGAAUUUUAAUAUGACAUCAUUGUUUCCGGAAAUAGCAACGGCUCUUCCUGAUGGCUCAGCAAUGUCACCUUUGCUCACCAUAGCAAACUCCUCUGCUUCUGACUCUUCCAAGCAGUCCUCAAACAGACCUGCUCACAACAUAAGCCAUAUCUUAGGUCACGAUUGCAGCUCAGCUGUUUAACCCAGAGAAACCAACUGUCCAGGUUUGGGCUGAGAUAACAACUGUUGUUGUGUGUACACAUGCACAUCGAGGGAGCUUGUGUGGGGGUGUGUCGCUGUAUUGGAUAACCAUUCUUUCAGUUAGCUUCUGACUUCAAGGAAGCCACGUCAGAGAGGAUGCAUACGCUGGGCUUGUCAAAACAAUCAUCUUUCAUUUCUGAGUGAUGUACUUUCUUUAAUCUUCUAAACAAUUUACCUUUCCAAGUGUGCUUUGUAAUCUUUUACCCCCUAAGUACUAAUCAACCGGAAGUUGAUGAGAUCUUGUCACAGGCUACGUGGUAGAAAGAAGCUGUGAUUUUUAAACUCUGUUAUUGAUAAGUGAUAAAAGAGAGGGUUGAGAUGCUUAAGUUGGAAAUCCAAAAGUAACAGCAACUUGAAAAAGCAUGAUUUAUCACUAGGUGCAACAUUUAACAGUUCUGAACCUUGGCAAGUGAUGAAUUGAUAAUGAGUUUAAUUCCCAUAAGUAAAAAUGUCAAGCAGAAUAAAAAUAAAUGAAGUGUUUGAUAAUCCUUCAUUCUUGAGCUUUGAUACAGAGACUUCUUAAUUAUAAUUUUUAAUAAACUACCUAAAUUUCAUGUCUUGUUCUUCAAAGUAAGGAGCCACAUUACCCUUUAAUGUGCCAAUGUUCUGUAGAGCAAAAGUCUUCCUUAGACAGUGAGCCUUAAAAAUACAAAGCUAAGACAAAUGCAGAAAUGUCCUCCAGUUAGUACUUGGGUUUUGCAUUAGGCCAAAGAAUAACAGCAGCUGUAUUGUGGCUUUUCCUAGGGUCAGUUAGUGACCAGUGUUUCAUCAGUUGAAUUGAUUUACUAUUCUCUCUUCAUUCUAUUUAUUUGGUCUUGAAAUAAAUUAAUUUACAAUCACUUAAAUGUUAGAACUGCUUAGUAAAUAUUGUGUUUAGAAGACACAUUUGAGCCUUUCAGAUACUUCAGAAUAGUUUUAAGUUUUCUCAGUAUUUUAAUUUGCUGAUUAUUUAUAUUAAAUAUGGCAUUGUAAACUGCAUUUUAUCCUUCUUAACAAUUAUAAUAGGAAAAUGAAUUCAUUAUUUUUUGUAGGUAUGAAAUGGUGCUUCACAAAAAUACAUUCUAUGUCUCUUGAGCUCAUGAGUGAGUGCAUGUGAAAGCGGGUUUUAAAGAAUAGACUAGUACUUACUAUUAAAGAUGUAUAUCACAUAUAUAUUUAUUUAUCAUGUCGGACAUGAUAAAUAGAUAUAAUCUUAUCUCAAUUAAAAAUGAAGAAAUUGGAAAAGGCAUUAGAACUACUGUCUACAAAUGGGAAACUGAGGUUUGUUCUAAAGCAGUGGUUCUCAACCUUCCUAAUGCUGUGGCCCUUUAAUACAGUUCCUCAUAUUCUGUUGACUCCAAACCAUAAAAUUCUUUUCAUUAUUAUAUAACUGCAAUUUUGCUAGCGUUAUGAAUUGUAAUGUAAAUAUCUGUUUUCUGAUGGGCUUAGGCAUCCCCUGUGAAAGAUCCCCCAAAGGGAGCACAACUCAUAGGUUGAAAAACCCUGCUCUAAAGCAUAGAAAAACAUGCUGUAGGUUUUUAAAAUUUUUCUCUCUUAUACAUUACAUUUCAAUUACAGUUCUCCCUCACCUCCCCCAGAUCUACUCCUCUUCUAUUUCCCGUAAAAAAGAAAGAGAGAGAAAGAGAGAGAGAAAGAAAGAAAGAAAGAAAGAAAGAAAGAAAGAAAGAAAAAGAAAGAAAAGAAAGGCUUCCCAGGAAUAGUAACUGAACACAACAUAGUAAGUUAUAAUGAGACUAGGCACGAACCCUCAUAUUCAGGCUGCACAAGGCAACUCAAGAGGAGGAAAGGGGUCCUGCUGUAGAUAUUUUUUAACCCUACCAAAUUAGUAACAAAUUUAAAAGCAUAUAUUGAAUCAUGAGAACUCAAAACUACAAAAAAAUUGCUUGUACUGAAUUUUUUUUAAACUAUUUAAACUCAUAGCUAUCAGUUGUUGCUACAUUCUGUUAAACCAGAGAUUAACCGGAGCCCUGUCGCGCAGUUGUCAUUACUGCAGUCACAGCCAAUGACAACAGUGAGCUAAGGAUACUGAGAAGGAGUACAUCAUUAAAGUUGACAUCCAUGAUAUAAAAAAAAAUAUAUGGAACAUGGGUCUUUUCUGUCAGAUACUAUAAAUGAAUAUACUGAAUGGAGAGAGAGGUACAUAGAGAUAGACCUGUUGUCUUGGUGGAAGCAAGCCCAAGGACCAACAUAGGUUUUGGUUUUUGGAGUUUUUGUUUUUCAUUCGUUUGGUUGGUUGGUUUGGUUUCCAUAUAUAUAUAUAUAUAGACAGUUUCCCGAGGCCUGGUGAGAGUCAAUACCACUGAAUGCCUAUCUAAAGGCUCAUCAGAAGGGUUGCUUGUGCCUCUGUCAACUGCUGUCACCAAAGCCCUCUGUUUCCGCUGCCCUUGAAAAUCACCCAUCCUGGUGAACAAAGCAAGUGUGUGUGUGUCCUCCCUGCACACGAGUCCUGUGGUUAAAAGAGAACUUCACGAUUGCAUCACUACCACAACGGAUUGCAUGGAUACCACAGUAGAAAGGCUACUAAGGAAAAGGAAACAUUUAUGAAUUGCUUUUAGGCAUUACUAUUCACAGUUUUCUUUGUACUCGAAAGGUCCGAUCUGCUGAUUUCGCUAAAGGUAGUGCUCUCUAUGACGAGUCAUCCUCCUGCCCCACCUUCUCUUCUCAGUGGCUGUCUGUCUAUUACAUGCGUCCUCACAUCAUGGUGGCUCUUGGGUUUUGAAGGGCAGGCUUGCUCUAAUGGAACUAAGGUAAUAUGCCCUGGCCAAAGUCCAGCUUUGUGCUGUGUUUCUGAGAUAGGGAUCUUGCUACAUUGUCCAGACUGGCAGUAAGUUCCUGGGCAUGAGCAGUGCUCAGCCUCCUAGGUGGCUGGGACUAGAGGUGUGCUCUGCCACCCAGCUGAGAAGCUCCACUUGCGAUUGCCUUGCCUGCCGCACAGAGCCCUACAGCCUGUUCCUACUUUGGUUUGUCUGUGUGUGCUUGACCGGCUGCAGCUCAGCUCCAUGCUGAGACAGCAUUGCACUGUCAGGGCUUUCAAGCUGAGAGUCCAGUAUUGUGAUGUUGACUGCCUCGCAAUCUUUUGUGACCCUCUGGAGAGAGACAUGAAAGUCCAAAAAAAAAAAAAAAAAAAGAAAAUUGGUUCCUGCUUGCAUGUGGCUCUAAUUAAAGACAGAAUGCAUUUGUGUAUUAGAGAUCAUUUCAUACAUGGACUCAGGUGAGAAAGAGUCCACGCUGCGCUCCUACUGAGUUUAAAAGUCUGGGUACUUUUCUGUUAAUAAUUAAUGCUCUAUGAUUCGGGGAGGAACAUGGUUUCUGUUAAUGUCUGGGUGAAACAUUUUUGAUGUAAUGACAGAAAAUGCACUCAGGUUCUGUCAUCGUCCUCAGCUUAUUCCCGUGGCUCUAUAAAGUGUCUCUACAGAUAACGUAAUUUCUGGAAAUACUCAAAAUCAUGUUUGCUUCCCAAGUGAGAGUCCCUGCCUGAAUCGUUUUGUUCUAACUAUUGAUCAUAAGGAGCCCCUGAGAGUGCUUGGCCCCUCUCAUCAUCCCACAGGAGGCUCUGAUGAAGACUGUUAGAUUUCUGUAAGCUUCAAUGAGGUUGUCAAAUAUGUCACUCACAGAUGAAGAAAAUCCACUGUAAUAUUGUUAGCGAACAUUAGGUUUUUAUGUCUUCAACUUCUUCAGGAGUUGUAAUUUGUUCUUACUAGAACAGCUCUGAGAUGCCGGAGCUCACUCCUUUUCUUGAGUUGGGAGCAGGAUUUCCACAGCGGUGUGUGUUCAGACGUCCGAGGGAUCCGAACCGUGGGCUGGGAGGUAGGAGUGUCUGCAGCAGUCGCAAACCCAGGUCAGGAUUACGCCGAACUGCAGAAGGUCAGCUUUUGGAAAUCAGCCUUUCUAAAGCACACACUUGUUUAAGCAUCUUAAGGGGACUUCUUUAGCCUUGUAUAUUGCCUUCUAAUAUUAGCCAUCUCAUGGAGAGGCUAAAACUUCUACUCCAAAAAAAGAUGUAGAAACACAUUUUAAUGAAAACAUAAAUGUUAAAGGGUUAAAACUUGUUUCUGUGCUUCUUUCUUAGUUUAUCUUUCCUUUGCACAGGUGCGUAGCCUCUUGCUUGUUUUUAGCUGUGCCACAUCCCUGGGAUACUUUUCCCUAUAUUGGAUGUGAUAGGCCCACCCUCUGUUAGAUCAGUGUGUGGUAGUGGGUCCCAGCGUCCGCCUUUUGGCAACUGCUAGGCCUCUCUCUUAAAGGGCAACAAUACCUCAAAAUGCCAUUAAAGUUGAUUUAAGAGAUUUCGGCAUGUGGGAAUGACUGCAUUCCUGGGUUUGGUGACCUUUUCCCCUAUGGCGGAAGGAAAGGCAAAAGUUGUACCAAAAUAGAAUGGCCUUCAGUUCAUAUCCUCAGAGGCCUGAAAGUCACUGCAGGGCUGUCACAUAGGCGCUGGCUACCUGGAGGAAGUGUGCCUGUGGCUGUUAGAUCUGGAGGGCAACAAUUAGCCGGUGGCAAGAGAGACACAAUCUCUGAGUGGUGAUUCUGCAAUGUGUUUAUGCAAAUCAGCUUCUUUCAGUGAUGCCUUUCAAGCUAAAUGUUAGCAUUAUGUUUUCCUUCCCCAAAGUUCUACCAAAAAGAUUUUGUGUUUGUUUGUUUGUUUGCUUACUUGUUCUUUGCUUAACUAUAUACUCUGUGUUCUACUGUGCUGGGCUGAAUUCUUCUAUAGGAAAAUCUAAACUGUAUUUUGGAGCUCCUGUGGUUCUCACCAUGCUCAGAUGGAGGCAGUCCAGGCAGGCUGGGAGACCCAGGACUUUGGGCUCAGAGCUGCUGGUCCUGACCCCAUGCCUCUGCCCUGGUACCGCACUCUGCCCGAAACCGUGCCUCUGAACAGAGACCAGAACAUAUCACCAGGCCAGCCCUGUGUGGCAACAAAGGAGCUCCAGGGUUGGUCUAGGCUGUAGUCAGAGGCCUCCUAGAUGACAAGUACACGGGAUGCUUUUCACUCUUGCCUUAGCUCCCCUGAGCCACUGUUGACAGAGUCAGUAGUGAGAUGUGUAACUGAACCUGUAAACACUGCUUGAAUGGCAGGCAGUCCUUCAGUGUCUGUAUUUCUACAUUUGCAUAAACUCUACCUGGUAAUCCAAUCACCUCCACCUCUUCUUCCUCCUCCUUCUCCAAUUCUUCUCUCUCUCUUUUUUUUUACUUUGAACAUAUAUGUUGUCAGGUGCUUCAUAAACAUAAGUCAAUUUAGGUUGAGAAUGUUGGGCACAAUCUUGAAGUUCUUUUGAAUGAAUACGUAACCCAUCAUUAGAUUCCAUGAGACGUGGACAAAAUUUCUCUUGUAAUGUAGCACACUUUUUUUUAAAGAUGAUUUUUAACUUUUGGGGCCCGGUUAUGUGUGCAGCUGUAUAUGCAGUAUGUAAGAGGGAACUGAAGCUCAGCCUGUUUAACUGUGUCUUCAUGUUCUCUGAGGCCUCUCUGCCCUCCUGCUCCUGGAGUCUUAAAGUAAUUUUCAUUUGUAAGGGCACAGGGCUUGACUCUCGUGCUGAAUUUGUGAAGUGUUGAACUGUUAUCUUCCAAGAAGGGACCAGACAGUGUGGCUUAAGACGCUGCAGUUGUGUUACUGUGAAGGAAAAUUCUGCUUUCAGCAGGCUGUGUGUGUGUGUGUGUGUGUGUGUGUGUGUGUAUUUUCAUUUGUUUUAUUUUUAAAGGUUGAAAAUUGAGAACAUGAUUACCUUCACAGAUUAUUUAUAGAUACACUGGGUGUGAUGCUUACUGUAGGAGCAAACACCAGGGAAACGUGAGUUUUAGUGCUUCAGUAGUGUAAUAUUUUAUCUAUGACCCAGCCAGCACUGUGCUGUGCACUGUGUCCUAUAAACUGUAAAUCACCUGCUUUAUACUUCUAAUGGAAACUAAUUUGUUUUGUAAUGGAAUACAGAGCAGAUAUGUAUAAUAGGAUCAAAACUGUCCGACCAUUGUAUAUAAGAAUAGGUCCUGUUUAUUUUGACAUCUUUUUACAAAUGCAUUGUAUUAGGGUGUGAAUAUUCCAAAACAUGCUCUUGUUUAAAGUUUUGAAAUUUUUAUUGUUAAAUGUAACAUUUUAAUGGUUGUAAUAAUUAUUUGUAUAGAUAUGAAUAUAGUAUUUUAUUUAAGAAAAUAAACUUUGCAAUUUUUGCA